AUGGUGGACAAGGAGAACAGCUUGCAGGAAAUCAAGAGCGAGAACGUCGACCUUGAGCGGAUUCCCAUUGAAGAAGUGUUUGAGCAGUUGAAAUGCACAAAGGAGGGCUUGACAAGCGAAGAAGGGCACAAGAGGCUGCAGAUCUUUGGUCCAAACAAACUGGAAGAGAAGAAAGAAAGCAAGUUUCUAAAGUUCUUGGGUUUUAUGUGGAAUCCUCUCUCUUGGGUCAUGGAGAUUGCUGCAAUUAUGGCUAUUUGUUUGGCAAACGGAGGAGGCAAACCCCCAGAUUGGCAGGAUUUCCUUGGAAUAGUGGUGUUGCUUCUUAUAAACUCCACCAUUAGCUUCAUCGAAGAAAACAAUGCAGGCAAUGCUGCAGCAGCACUUAUGGCUGGGCUUGCUCCAAAAACCAAGGUCCUAAGAGAUGGAAAGUGGUGCGAGCAAGAAGCUGCAAUCUUGGUACCGGGAGAUAUCAUCAGCAUCAAGUUAGGAGAUAUCAUCCCAGCAGAUGCACGUCUCCUUGAAGGUGAUCCACUCAAGAUUGAUCAGUCUGCCCUAACUGGUGAGUCUUUGCCAGUAAGCAAGAACUCGGGGGAUGAGGUAUUUUCUGGUUCUACUGUCAAGCAAGGUGAGAUUGAGGCCGUUGUUAUUGCCACUGGCGUACACACCUUCUUUGGAAAAGCUGCUCACCUUGUUGAUAGCACCAAUAACGCAGGGCACUUUCAGAAGGUGCUGACAGCAAUUGGAAACUUCUGCAUAUGCUCAAUUGCAAUAGGAAUGGUUAUUGAGAUACUGGUGAUGUAUCCAAUCCAGCGUCGCAGGUACAGAGAUGGAAUUGAUAAUCUGUUGGUGCUUCUCAUCGGAGGGAUUCCAAUUGCCAUGCCAACAGUUUUAUCCGUGACAAUGGCCAUUGGAUCUCACCGGCUUUCGCAACAAGGAGCUAUCACUAAGAGAAUGACAGCUAUUGAGGAAAUGGCUGGAAUGGAUGUACUCUGUAGUGACAAGACUGGAACACUUACUCUCAACAAGCUUACUGUAGACAAGAGCAUGAUUGAGGUGUUCAUAAAGGAUGUUGACAAGGACAUGCUUCUAUUACUUGCUGCUAGGGCCUCUAGGGUUGAGAAUCAAGAUGCUAUUGAUGCCUGCGUUGUUGGAAUGCUUGGCGACCCCAAGGAGGCUAGAGCAGAUAUCACAGAGGUGCAUUUCUUUCCCUUUAACCCAGUCGACAAGCGUACAGCCAUGACAUACAUUGACUCUGAUGGCAGUUGGCAUAGAGUUAGCAAAGGUGCACCAGAGCAGAUUAUUUCCCUCUGCAACCUUCGAGAAGAUGUGAAGAAGAAAGCACAUGAUAUCAUUGAUAAGUUUGCUGACCGUGGACUACGUUCUCUUGGUGUGGCUAGACAAACUGUGCCAGAGAAAAGUAAAGAGAGCUCAGGAGAUCCCUGGGAAUUUGUGGGUCUUAUGCCUCUCUUCGAUCCUCCAAGACAUGAUAGUGCAGAGACAAUUCGUCGUGCACUCCAUCUUGGUGUCAAUGUCAAGAUGAUAACUGGUGAUCAGCUAGCUAUUGGUAAGGAAACUGGUAGGAGGCUUGGCAUGGGAACCAACAUGUAUCCAUCAUCAGCUCUCCUUGGCCAAAAUAAAGAUGAGACAAUUGAUGCAAUCGGUGUUGAUGAGCUUAUUGAGAAGGCUGAUGGCUUUGCAGGAGUUUUCCCAGAGCACAAAUAUGAGAUUGUGAAGAGGCUACAACAAAGGAACCAUAUUUGUGGCAUGACUGGAGAUGGUGUGAAUGAUGCCCCAGCUCUUAAGAAGGCAGACAUAGGAAUUGCAGUUGCUGAUGCAACUGAUGCAGCUCGGAGUGCAUCAGAUAUAGUCUUAACAGAGCCAGGGCUAAGUGUGAUUGUGUGUGCUGUUUUGACAAGCAGAGCAAUUUUCCAGAGAAUGAAAAACUAUACCAUCUAUGCUGUCUCUAUUACUAUCCGCAUCGUUUUCGGUUUCAUGCUCCUUGCUCUUAUUUGGAAGUUUGAUUUCUCACCUUUCAUGGUUUUGAUCAUUGCCAUUCUCAAUGAUGGAACAAUUAUGACCAUUUCCAAGGACAGGGUUAAGCCAUCUCCCAUGCCUGACUCAUGGAAGCUCAAGGAGAUUUUUGCCACUGGCAUUGUCCUUGGCGCCUACCUUGCUUGCAUGACUGUGGUUUUCUUUUGGGCUGCUCAAGAGUCCGACUUCUUUUCUGAUAAGUUCGGGGUAAGAUCCAUUAGGAACAGUCAUGAGGAACUUACAGCCGCCGUCUACCUUCAAGUGAGCAUUGUGAGUCAGGCACUCAUCUUUGUCACUCGCUCUCGGAGCUGGUCUUUCAUUGAACGCCCUGGUCUCCUGCUCGUCACUGCCUUCAUUAUAGCACAACUGGUGGCUACCAUACUUGCUGUUUAUGCAAACUGGGGGUUUGCAAGAAUGAAAGGCAUUGGAUGGGGUUGGGCUGGUGUUAUUUGGAUCUACAGUAUAGUUUUCUACAUCCCACUUGAUAUUCUCAAGUUCUUUAUCCGAUAUUCUUUAAGUGGAAAGGCCUGGGAUAAUCUGCUUCAGAAUAAGACUGCUUUCACAACAAAGAAGGAUUAUGGAAGGGAAGAGAGGGAGGCAAAGUGGGCCACAGCUCAACGCACCCUUCAUGGCUUGCAGACUUCCGGAUCAGUAGAUAUCUUAAAUGACAAGAACAGCCACGAAGAGUUGUCAGAGAUCGCUGAACAAGCCAAGAAACGUGCUGAAGUUGCAAGGUUGAGGGAGUUUCAUACACUCAAGGGGCAUGUUGAAUCAGUUGUGAAACUCAAAGGACUUGACAUCGAUACCAUCCAACAACACUACACUGUAUGAGAAAGACGGGACUUGACCAUGAGAAAUUAGCAGACAUCCAAAGUUUUCUCUUUAUUGAUUGGUUCUGUAAUAGCAAAAUGUAAUGUUUAGCAUGGCUUUUCCUACUAAUUAAGUUACCAAUGGGUUUAACCAAUUGGAAUUUCAUACAGCAGAAGCUUGUUCUU